UGAAAAAUCGUAAAAUUAGUGAUUAUUCGUGAAAAAUCACAAAAUUACGGUCAUGUUAAACUACCAUAGUUCAGUACGGCCUACGGUUAAAAGCCCAUGGUCGGAGUAUCUCCUCUACCACCGCGAGAGCCCACCAACCAACCCAACGGCGGCCGGCGUGAAGGCGUCGCGCACUCCACUCGACCCCUCCCCUCCGCCCCUCGCCGCCUUCUCGAACCUUCCAGUACCUUCCGCCUCCGCCCGCCGCCGCGGAGCCCCCCGAGAUCGAGAUGGACGACGCCUGCGCCGUCUGCGCGGAGCCGCUCGAGUGGGUGGCCUACGGCGCCUGCGGCCACCGCGAGGUCUGCUCCACCUGCGUCGCCCGCCUCCGCUUCGUCCUCCGCGACCACCGCUGCUGCCUCUGCAUGACCCCCUGCCCCGCCGUCUUCGUCACCAAGGCAAUGGGCCGCCGCACGAGGGUGAUCUCCGACUUCUCGGCUCUCCCCGGCGCCGGCGGCGAGGGGAAGGCCGGAGAGUACUGGCACCACGAGGCCACGCAGACGUGGUUCGAUGACGCCGAUCAGUACAGGAUGAUCAGUGCCAUGUGUCGGCUCUCGUGUAGUGUGUGCGACGGCAACAAGAAGGUGGAUCGCACUGGUAAAGCGGCCAAGGGGAAGCGUAGGAAUAAGAUCCGGAGCGUUGAUCAGCUCAAGGGACAUCUCCUCGAUCGGCAUGGCUUGUACAUGUGUGACCUUUGCUUGGAAGGCAGAAAGAUAUUUAUUUGUGAGCAGAAACUUUAUACAACAUCUCAAUUAAACCAACACAUAAAAUCUGGUGAUUCAGAGGUGGAUGGUUCGGAGGUUGAGCGCCGUGGCUUUGAAGGGCAUCCAAUGUGUGAGUUUUGCAAAAGUCCAUUUUAUGGUGAUAAUGAAUUAUACACCCAUAUGACAAGGGAACAUUUUUCCUGCCAUAUAUGCCAAAGGCAACAUUCUGGACAAUAUGAUUAUUUUAGGAAUUAUGAUGACUUAGAGAUACAUUUUCAGAAAGACCACUUUCUCUGUGAGAAUAGAGGGUGUUUGGAGAAGAAGUUUGUUGUCUUUGAAAGUGAAGGAGAGCUCAAGAGGCAUAAUGCUGUGGAACAUGGGAAGCACAUCCCUGGUGCUGACAAUAGCUUGUCAUGUGUGCAAAAUGGCGUUGCAGCUGCAAGUCAUGGGUUGGGAGGCCAAAUUGAUUCUUCUGUAGCUCCAUUCCGAUCAUUAAGCAUUUCUUCUAGUUCUGGGCGAUCAUCAGAAACAGGGCAAGGCUUUGCAAGAAAUCAGGUACUUCGACAAGCAUGUCUUCCCCCUCUUACCUGCCAGGGGGUCUGUGAUGCUAGGAUAGGUUCUGUUCUUCAAGAAGCUUCAUUCCCUUCCGUACCAGUGCAAUCAAGAAAAGCACCAACACUUAUUCAGAGCUCAAGGCCUGCAGCAAGGAUAGCGGAUGAGCAAUUCCGUCCCUUAUCAGUUACUAGGAACAGGAAUGUUGCUUUAGCACAGCAGGGUGCAAGAACAUCACCAGAAAACACUUGUGCAUCUGGACUUGGACAAUACAGCAAGGGAAUUGAGAACAUACACCACACUGUUCAGCCUCAGCACCUUAAAAAUACUGCUCUGAUCCCUUCUGGCUCAACAAGUCGCCCUGUGCAUGUCCCCAGUUCUGCUGGAAAUGAAAGGCAAGGGCCGUUUGGGAACAGCCAGGUGUUCUCCAGUGUGGAAGACAUUCGUGCAGCAAAUAAAGCCUUGGUUGAGAAAAUGCGGGAUGCAUUAGGAAUGGAUCAGGAUAUGUACACUGCAUUUAAAGAGAUAGCUGGGGAAUACCGGCAGGGUGUUAUCAAUUCUGCAGAGUACCUCUCUUAUGUGAAGCAGUUUGGUCUCUUGCACCUUGUUCCUGAAAUGGCUAGGUUGUUACCUGAUGCUCAAAAGCAGAAGGAGCUUGCAGAUGCCUACUAUAUCAAUUUGCGCCUUACAAGCCUCCAAGAAAAUGGUGGGGGUGGAACUGAUAACUCGGAACAAAGCAACCAGAAGAAGGCUAAGGGGGAGGUUCCUGACGCCAUAGGAACCAGUAAUGAUGCAACAGAUCCACUGAAAGACAAGUUGCUGAAUACUGCCACCAAGCUCCAGUCAAAUUACAUGACCAAGGAAGGGUGUUGUGUUGUGCUGCGAAAAGAAGGAUACAAAACAGUUGGUGGAUCGUCUCAGGGACUGCAACAGAGGAUGCCACUGAAGAGUGCUUGGCAAAGCCAUGGGGGUCAGAGACUCUUCUUGAGCAAUGCAAAGUAACGCUUUGGUUUCGCAGGUUCAGCUCGACCUGCCAUCCGAGCUGCUACGAAAUGUCAAGGUUUGUGUCUAAUCUGGUGUCGUAUUAAUUAAGGACAUCAGUGCAGCAGAUGCGUUUGCGUCUUGUCCUUUUGUCUAUUUUAAGUGUGUGGCGUGCGCGUUUACAACUACUGCACUAACCGAGUUUUGCAAUCAUGGAACAUGACACUAGACAGUCCACAUUAUACUGCAUAGUCGAGCUUUUCACCUUUACAUGAUUACAUGAGUGCUUUUCGACUACAGAAGGUUCUGUUGCGGUCAGCCUCAUGAUAACUUAAAAAUGAGUCAUAAACUUAUUACUACCUUUUAAAAUAUAAACUUGUAGCUAUGAACUUAUAAGUAUUUGUCUGGAUUUAUAACUAGAAAUGUUUAUAUGUUAGGAUGGAACGAGUAAAUAUUGUAAACUCCUUAUUGAAAAGUUUGUGUCAAAAUCGUAUCUUGAUUGUGAUGAAUGCCAAACUCAUUUUUUUAAAAGAAAAUUUUCA